AUGCAAAGCCCAGGAACAACACAACCUCCAUGGUCUCCUUCUUCACUCUCAUUCCUCUCAUCAACCUUAUUCAGAGACCCUAAACCAAAACCAAUCAUCUACACUUUCCUACUCAUCUCUCUCUUCUCCAUCCUCCUCAUCCUCUCUCUUUCCUCUUCCUCCCCUUCCCAAACCCACACCCGACCCGACCCAUUUCUCUUCCCGACUCACCAAACCCACCGCAUCAUCUACGACCAAGAUAAAACCGCCCCUCCACCUCCUUCCAUAGCAUACCUCAUCUCCGGGUCUAAAGGUGAUUCGGGUCGGAUCCUACGGUUACUAUCUGCAACCUAUCACCCACUCAAUCACUACCUCCUUCAUCUUGACCCUUCUGCCCCUCAUUCAGAUCGUGAACAUUUGGCUCUUGUUGUUCAGUCUAAUCCCAUUUUUAAAGCUGCUCAGAAUGUUCAUGUUAUGGGAAAACCUGAUUUUGCUUAUGCAAAAGGCUCUUCUCCGGUUUCCUUUACUCUUCAUGCUGCUUCCAUUUUGAUUCGUUUGUCUCUUAAUUGGGAUUGGUUUGUUAGCCUCAGUGCUGAUUCUUAUCCUCUUGUUACUCAAGAUGAUCUUCUCCACAUCCUGUCUUUUCUGCCUAAAGAUAUGAACUUUGUGAAUCAUUCAAGCUAUAUUGGGUGGAAAGAGUUGAGGAAGCUGAAACCCAUUAUUGUUGAUCCUGGGUUGUAUCUUUCAGAAGGGACUGAAAUGUUUUAUGCUACUCAGAAAAGGGAACUCCCUAGUGCUUACCACUUGUUUACAGGUUCAUCUCUUUCCAUUUUAAGUCGUAAUUUUAUGGAGUUUUGCAUUUGGGGGGUAGACAACCUCCCAAGGAUUCUGCUAAUGUAUUUCUCAAACACACCAUCAUCCCUGUCCAACUAUUUCCCUACCGUUCUCUGCAAUUCUCGCCAGUUCAACAAAACUGUCAUAAAUCAGGACUUAUUAUAUGCUAUUUAUGACAGUCAUAGAAAUGAUCUUCGACCAUUGAACUCAACGGAUUUCGAUGACAUGAUUCUUAGUGGAGCUGCCUUCGCCAAAAAAUUCCAGCCAGAUGAUCCCAUGCUUGAUCUCAUCGACCAAAAAGUAUUGAACCGAAGUCCUGGAUCAGUUGUUCCUGGUGGUUGGUGUUUAGGUGAGCCUGGGAACAACACAUGUUUAACCUGGGGAGAUGCCAGUAUCUUGAGACCCGGUGUAGGCUCUCAACGGCUCGAGAAAGCAAUUGUUGAACUGUUGUCAAAUGGCAAUUUCCGAUCUCGUCAGUGUAUAUAG